AUGCUGUGGUCGCAGCUGCCCAAUGUGCAGUGGAUCCUGCCGCAUGCGCCCUCGAUCCCCAUCACACUGAACGGCGGUAUGGCCAUGCCUGGCUGGUUCGACAUCAAGACGCUCGACCGCUCGAAGCGCGUCGACGGACUAGAGGACGAGGCCGGCCUGCAGGCGACAGUGGACAAGAUUGACGCCCUGAUCCAGCUCGAGGUCGACAAGGGGAUCCCCGAGGACAAGAUUGUGCUGGGCGGAUUCUCGCAGGGCGGCGCCAUUGCCGCUCUCUCGCUGCUGCUCAAGAACAGGAAUCUCGCCGGCUACGUUGCUCUCAGCACUUGGAUCCCGAUGCCGGAGAAGGUCGCGCAGGAGGCGCGCCCGAACGCAAAGGACUACCCUGUCUUCUGGGGACAUGGCACCGACGACCAGGUCGUGCGGUAUGAGUACGGCGUCCAGUCCGUCGAGCUCCUCAAGAAGCUCGGCUUCCCCUCGGUGCCCGAGGACAAGAUCUUUGAGCGCCCCGGACUCAAGUUUGAGUCCUACCCCGGCAUGCAGCACUCGUCGUGCCCCGAGGAGAUCCGCGACCUCGCCGCGUGGCUCCAGAAGGUUACCAGUAAGUUAGACCAGUGA